AACUAUAACUUGUGUGCUAAUUAACACUUGGUUUGGUGUGUUAGCUCAUCUUCUACUUCUCAUUCAAAAGUGUCUUACACAUCCCAUUUACCUGCACUUUCUCUACACAUUUUCCCUUCAUGGAAUUGCCAGUGAAGGCAUCGGUUUCCGAUGGCCGGAAAGCCUUUUCCCGGUUGGAAACCAAGAAUCUGUCUUACAAAUUGUGCAGCAACUUUGAUGAGUACUUGAGUUGGGUUACUUGUUGUAGUGGGGUUUCAAAGGGAGGUUCUAAUAAGUGUAUUCUGAAAGAUGUGAGUUGUGAAGCUAGGCCUGGAGAGAUUACUGCCAUUGCUGGUCCUAGUGGGGCUGGAAAAACUACAUUGUUAGAGAUUCUUGCUGGAAAGAUUUCAUUGCAGAAAGUGUCAGGUCAAGUGCUUGUUAAUGACAGGCCUAUGGUUGCUAGUUGUUUUCGGAAAAUUUCUGGGUAUGUCACCCAAGAUGAUGCUCUAUUUCCAUUACUUACAGUUGAAGAAACACUGAUGUUUAGUGCACUUCUGAGGCUACCAGUAGGGCGCAAAGAGGCUGCCGCAAGAGUGAGAGUUUUGUUGAAGGAGCUUGGACUAGGUCAUAUUGCAAGUUCAAGAAUUGGUGAGGGAUCAAGUUUUGGCAUUUCAGGUGGCGAAAGGCGAAGAGUUUCGAUUGGCGUUGAUUUAGUUCAUGACCCUGCUGUUGUUCUGAUUGAUGAACCAACUUCAGGGUUGGAUUCAGCGUCAGCUCUCCAUACAGUGACCCUGCUUAAAUCAAUGGUGGUUAAUCAAGGUAAGACGAUUGUUUUAACCGUCCACCAGCCUGGUUUUCGAAUCCUGCAGCUGUUUGAUCGGCUUGUUUUGCUUUCAAAUGGAUUUGUUGUUCAUAAUGGGACAUUGAAUCUUCUUGAAGAGAGGCUAAAGAUUGCUGGUCACUACAUUCCUCGCCAUGUCAAUGUGCUAGAAUUUGCCAUUGAUGUCAUUGAAAGCUUGGUUCCCCGAAUUCCAGCAACUCAAACCAACCACCACUGUCAUCUACAGAUUAGAAAGGAUAAAGAAGAUAAUCUUGAAAGUAAGCUUUUCUCAUACCAUAACUCUCGAUUUGAGGAGAUUUUAGUACUAGGGCAAAGAUUUUGCUAUAACAUAUUCCGGACCAGGCAACUUUUUGCCACAAGAGUAAUACAAGCCUUGGUAGCUGGUUUAGUCCUCGGAACCAUAUACAUGAAUGUUGGCAAUGAUAUAGGAAGGAUUGCGCUACAAACCCGAAUUGGAUUCUUCGCUUUCAGCCUCACAUUCAUGUUAUCUUCCUCAACAGAAGGUCUGCCGAUUUUCUUGCAAGAGCGAAGAAUUCUAACGAGGGAAACUUCCAGAGGAGCUUACCGAGUUUCUUCCUAUGUUUUAGCAAACACUCUCAUCUUCAUUCCUUUUCUUCUGAUGGUUGGUCUUCUCUUCACCACUCCAGUUUACUGGCUGGUUGGCUUGAGAAGGGACAUUGAUGGGUAUCUUUACUUCUCUCUGGUGGUCUGGAUGGUUCUUCUCAUGGCCAAUUCAUUUGUCGCAUGUUUCAGUGCUCUUGUGCCCAACUUCAUCAUGGGAACAUCAGUAAUUGCAGGCCUUAUGGGAUCUUUCUUUCUGUUUUCUGGGUAUUUUAUAUCGAAGAACAGCAUACCUAACUACUGGAUUUUCAUGCAUUACUUGAGCAUGUUUAAAUACCCAUAUGAAUGUUUUAUGAUAAAUGAAUAUGGAGGAGAGCAAGGCAAAACAAAGUGCUUAGAGGUUAAAAAUGGAGAAUGCAGUUUGCAUGGAAGUGAGUUCUUACAGCAACAAGAUCUGACAGAGUCAAAGAAAUGGAUCAAUUUAGCUGUGAUGUUGAGUUUCAUCAUCGGCUACAGAGUUCUUUGUUUCUUUAUAUUGUGGUUCAGAUGUUACAGAACCAGAAAUUAGAUAAAAAGUUUUACAAAAGGAUAGACAUAUACAUAUGCUUUCUCCUUCUCUUUCUUUUCUUUUUCUUUUUCUUUUUUUCCUUAUUCUUUUACUCAUUUAUCAGUAUGAUAAGCAAUCCAUUGUAUGAUCUUUAUAUACAUUCAUUGAUAAAGGAAUUCUUGCCUAUACUAAUCCAGGAUUGGCUUUGUUGCUCCAUAUACUGUACAUG